AUGCGUCGAACACAUUACAUUUUGUGGGGAAAUGCAUGCGAAAUUCUCUCUAACGUCAUAUUUCAGGCUCUCACCUUAGACAUCACACCUAAAAAGGGGAUAAAAAAAGCAGUCAUGCAUAAAUGUAAUCAUUUUCAGUAUUUCUCCCGCUCAACUGAGCCGCCAGAGAUUAUUCGACGUCAUCAUCGAAACCUGCCAGGCCGCGCUGUGCAGAUCGGUCGUAUCCGUAAAGGUGACCACUACCGUCGCUUCAAAGAGAUCGUUGCCGAAGUAGAAAGAAAAAGGCCCAGGAAAUGUAAAGAGAAGCAUCUGUACUGGAUAAGUCAAAUUAUCUCCAAAUGCUGUAAAAACAUGGGUCGCGACGGUAAACCCGAUCCUAUAAUCGAAUGGCCGAAAAGUUCCGCAUUGCUCGAAGAAUAUUUGUUCCUCCGCAAAACAUUUCCCGAUGCAGCGGACUUCCCAUACCGAAAAAUGGGACCCGAACAGUCUUCUAAGGUGGUGAAGGCCGCACGUAAAAGUAGAAAUUUUGUCAAAAAAGCGGCAAACAUAUUGAAUAUUUACACACCGGAAGAUGAUAAGAAUGGGCAAAAAGGUCCGUUUGACCACGAUGAAAAUAUCAUUCAACCUGAACCCAUGACACUCCACAACGACGCAUCUAGAAAAGCAAAAGCUGCCGAAGAAGCUGCGAAAAAGGCAGCCGAGGAAUCAGACAAGAAACUGGAAAGACUACUAAACCGAAAUCGAUAUAAAACCGAACGAGACGAGAAGAAGCAUCGCAUCAAAGACAAAAACCCGGAAAAUCCUUACGCACCAGAAAGAAAAGAAGACGAAGAAAGUAUUGUCACAGAUAGCGAUUUCGUAGGUAACUAUCGAGAGAGAAAUGAAGCAGAUAACGAUCCACCUCCUGAGAAAAAGCCAAGGGUUCAUCAUCGUCAUCGCGAAUAUGUGCGAGAUGGUUAUGAAAGUGUGGCUUCUUAUCACUCCGAUUCAGAUUCAUACUCAGGUACAAGCUCUAUGUAUGCGCCAUCUGUAAGAAGAAUCUAUGAUAAGCGGAGCGGACAUCAUGGGAGACAUCGGAGGCAUGGACGUGGACAUCAUUAUCGCCCGGCUCAUUAUGAUAGUGACGUUAGUAGUGAUACGGGGAGACCGCCGAGCGUUUAUAGCUAUCCUCCGCCGCAUCAUGGGGGUUUUAGGUAG